UCUGUGAUAGAUGUUUAUGUGAGCGCAAAUAGGCAGUGAAGAAACAUGAAAAGAGAGAAGAAAAGUUUUGUAUAAAGUUUGUGUACUAGAUUUUACGACUAAUUAAUUAAUUAUAUAUAAGUUAUUUUGUUAACUUACAUCAGUUAUAUGUGAACAAUAAUGGAAUGCGAUACAAGCGAAACAACUGUCAGCAUGGAUGUGGUCAAAGAAACUGCAAUGGAUGUAGAACUUGAAAAAUCGACUGUCAAUGACAAUUUAGUUAUUAAUGAUAAUAGUAAUGUAACAGUAAUAAUUGAAGAAUUGGAUGAAAAUGCCAUUAAUUCAAUGGACAUGGAUAUCAAUGAAUUUGUUGAAGCUAAAGCAUUACAAGUACAAGAAGUUAAAGAUGUUCCAAAUUACACAUCUUCUCCAUCAUGUAGUUCUAACAAGGAUAUUAUGGAUGCAGAAGAUCAGGAUAUGUCACUAACUGCAGAUGAGGAAGAGCAAUUGACAAAACAGUUUUUAAAUGGAGAGUUAACAUUUAGCGAAUAUUCAUCAAGAAUGGAUCAGGAUAUAGAUGUGGAAACAAUAGAAAAUGAUAAUUCCAGAAAGAAUAUCGAAGUGGAUCCUGUUAUUGUACAAAAGACUGCAGAACAAAAAAGUAUAGAUCAGCAAAGAACAUGCAAAACAAGUAAUGUACGUCAGAGAAAAAAAAGACGUAUUUUGCCACCAGUUUUACAAGGUCUUAUGGGUGAAGCAAAUUUAAGAUAUGCCAAAGGAGAAGUAGAAUUAGCAGCCAAAAUAUGUGCUGAAAUUAUUAGACAAGUACCAACCGCCCCACAACCAUACCAGACAUUAGCUAUGAUAUAUGAAAAUGACCAUCCAGAAAAAUCAUUACAAUGUUCUUUAGUUGCUGCACAUCUUAGUCCUAAAGAUGCUGACCAAUGGAUAAGAUUAGCUAACAUAUCACUGGAAAGUAAUGAUAUAAAACAAGCAAUAACAUGUUUCUCUAAAGCAAUUCAGGCAAGUCCAAAGGAUAUAAGUUUAUAUGAGAUACGAGCACAACUUCAAGAACAGAAUGGAGACAAAAAAGCAUACUUGAGAGGGUACACAAGAUUGAUUCAUCAAUUGGAAGCUGACGACGGUGAACAUAUAUUGAAAUAUGCAAAAAUAUUAGCCAAACAUUAUAUGCAAGAAAAUAACAAUACACAAGCAUUAGAAGCAAUGGAGACCAUUUUUGUCAAAUGUCCUGAUUUCAUUACAUUAGAAGAAGUUAAUAUCAUGACUGAAUUGUUAAUAGCUCUAAAACAAUUCAAUAGAUGUUUAGAUAUAUUGGUCAAAUAUACAGAUAUUCAGGUACGAUAUAAGAAUAAGAAAGCAGAACAAGAAGAGAUAACUAACAGCAUAAUGUCUGAAGAGGAAGAAAAAUUGAAUAAUUUGAAAAGAAAAGCUACGACUUCGAUAAAAGAUCAAAAUAUUGAUGAAAUAGAAUCUUGUGAUGUACCAGAUAAUGUAGUUGUUGAUUUAAAAGCGAAAUUUCUUAUAACUCUUAUUGAAUUAGGUUACAUUCAAAUAGCUGAUGAACUUUUACCUAAAUUUUAUACGCAUGAGAAUCCAGAAAUUUCUGGAGAUCUCUUUCUAGAUUUGGCGGAAGCAUUAAUGGACAAGAAAGAAUUUCAGCGUGCAUUAGUUUUAUUAGACCCAUUAGUAGAAAGUUCGAAUUUUAGUUUAGCUGCAGUCUGGCUAAGGCAUGCAGAAUGCUGGGUUGGUUGCAAUGAUAUGGAUAAAGCCAUAAAAUCUUAUGAAAUUGUCCGAAAAUUAUCACCGCAGCAUUUAGGGGCAAGAAUAGCUCUAGCUAAACUUUACAAAGAAGCAGAACAUUACGAUAAAGCGAUAGAGGUUCUUUAUCAAGAUCCUGAAUCUGAUACAUUAGAUUCUGAUGUUAUAUAUCAAAGAAUGAUAUUACUUUAUAAAGUUGGAAAAUACGAACAAUACUUAUCGUCGGGAAUGUUGCUUCUUUCAAGACAUUGUGUUAACAUAAGGAGAAGGAGUGAAUUAAGUUCACUGGCACGUUCAACGGUCCGGCAACGUCUUGAAAGUUUAAAACAUGCUCGUUUAGAAGCCGGGGAUACAUUAGAGGAUGAAUACGCGCCAAUAUUUGCUGCUAAUACAAAACUGAGUGAGAAAACUGAAUUCCAACUUUUUCUACAAAUGUGCAAGCUAGCAUAUAAAUUAAAAAACUAUGGUUUUCUCCAAAGAAUAUGUUUUACCGCUUUAACAACACAUAGAUUUAAAAAAAGAAAUUCCCAUAUAGUCUUCUUAUGUUUAAUUUCUUGUAUACAUAAUGAAGAUUCAUUCCAUGGAUAUAAUAUCGUACGAGAAAUUGUACGUGUCUGUCAAAGAUCCAACUCGUGGAAUUUAUUAAAUAUAAUUAUUCAAAGAGCUCAAGAUUCAAGGCAUAGCAGAUUCAUAAUGCGAUUACUUGGAAGAGAAGAUGUAUUUUCAUAUUUGCAUAUCAUACAUGCAAAUAAUUGCCUUGUCGCAGGAACAUAUAAAUAUGCAUUGAACGGCUACAUUUCUCUCUUCAAGGUAGCGCCAAAUGCAUUGUUAGCAUUGUUAAUAGGUGUUACACAAUUACAAAUGGCAUGUCAAAAAAUGUCAGUUAAGAAAAAUCAACUUAUAAUUCAAGCACUAGCAUUUUUCAAAAAAUAUAUGCAACUACGUGGUAAAGAUGGUAAACAGGAAACCUAUUACAACAUGGCGCGAGCGUUUCAUCAAAUUGGUUUAUUUCCAUCUGCGAUUCACUUCUAUAAGUUGGUCCUGGAGGAAGAUCCGGGAGAUUUAGUUAAACAGCAUGCAAAUCUUUUGGAUUUGAAAAAAGAAGCAGCUUUCAACUUACAUCUCAUUUAUUUGCAAUCCGAAAAUCAUCUCCUUGCUAGGAUGUAUCUUGAAAAUUACAUCACAAUUUGAAUAAAAGAUGUGAAAUCUGA